UUUCCAGUGGCUAACAUUGAUAAACAAAAAUGAACUCAAUAAUUGCCAUUUUCUUCUGCGUUGCUAUUGCAACUGCUUCGUGCUCCGUUUUUGGGUAUGCCGGACCUUUGGAUGGAGGUGCAGUAUUGAAAGGACCAUCUGCUGGAGCUACUGUCGUUGGGCCAUCUGGAACAAUUUCUGCUGCUGCGGACUCUGGUGCUGCUGGAGUUGCUCCAAGUUUUGUCGGGGCUGGUCCAGUUGUUGCCCCCGUUCCAGCCGUUGUUCCACCUCCACCUGUAGCACCUGCAGGUCCUGUAGUUGUUGAAGCUAGAGCGGCUCCUUGGGCUGCCCCAGGAGUAUGGGGUGCAGUUCCAUGGGCACCCGCUGUGAGGGGUAUUUGGUAAAAACUUAACAAAGUGUAAUACCACAUACUACAACAUGUAAAUUAAAAAAUGGGAGUGUCUUUCGGUUGUCAAUAAAUAAAAUAUUUCCAGUGAAA